ACAACACCCAGCCGCUAUUGGUCGCCUGAGGUAUACUCGGAUUAAACUAUUGCAUCAUAUGCGUAUCUGAAGGUUAUUAAAAUCGAAUGCUGUCCCACAGUUCAGUACGUGCUGUCGCGACGAAUAUACUAUGUGAAAGUGACAGUCGGAGAAAGUAGUGCUCUGCUUCUUAAACAUGAAGUCUGAGAAGAUUUUGCUGUAUUUUACACUAGCCUCGUUCGUACAUUUUGCCUUAAUAGCACCAAUUACAGCAAAAGAGAGAGAUUACUAUGAAGUCCUUGGUGUCCAGAGGACUGCUUCAGACAGAGAGAUAAAAAAAGCAUUCCGAAAACUUGCAAUUAAGUAUCAUCCUGAUAAAAACAAAGAGAAGGGUGCUGAAGCAAAAUUUCAAGAAAUUGCACAAGCUUAUGAAGUUCUCUCUGACCCAGAUAAGAGACGAAAGUAUGACCAGUUUGGAAGUGCAGCAUUUGCAAGUGCUGGUGCCGGUGGUGGUGGUGGAGGUGGUGCACACCAUUUCAAUUUUGAUGACUUAUUCCAAAGUGACUUUGGGAGACAUACAUUUAAUUUCAAUCCUCAUUCACAUAUGUUUCAUCAUGAGCAGCCACACAACUUCUUUAGCUUCGAUGACUUAUGGGAAGAGGAUGACACCCCAUUCUUCAGUCAUACUGGAUUUGACCACAAAGUAGGGAGCUCAUUCUUUGGAACUCACUAUGGUCACAAUCAACAACACUCCCAUAGGAGCCAUUCAGAGUUUUCUGGUGGUCGCUGUAGGACAGUGACGCAGCGCAUUGGCAAUAUGGUUACCACGUACACUCAGUGUUCAUAAGUUCCUGUGAUGUGCACAUAGCAGCUGUAAUUUAUUGUUUAAAUAUUCUGUAAAUUUGUUGAGACUUUUUAUUAUUAUUAUUAUUAUUAUUAGUAUUAUUAUUGCUCUUCCUUGCCACUAUAUCACAGUUCCAUUUUUUGCACAAGGACUGAAAUUAAAUUGUUUAUUAUUGACUGUGUAUCAUUCUUAGUAAAAUAGAAGUAUUACCAUUGCAUCUAAACAAGCAUAUUUGAAGUUUUUGAUGAUGUUUUGUUUUGCAAGGAAUCGUUAUGUAAGUGCCACAAAUUGUGAAAUUUGGUUGUAUCACUUACAGGUGAAAGUGGAAUGUUUCAAUGAGAAGUUCCUUGAAAACAACUACAAGAGUAUUAUUUGUCUGCUUCAUCAUAAUUAAACUGUUCUUUUUGUGUAUAUUAUUGCACCACAGAUUGUCAAAGGAUUGACAGUAGGUUAUUCAUUGUGUAUUGUUUUGUUUUUGAAGGAGUGAAUUUACCAUAAGUUAAAAUUAUGUGGAAGAAGUAACUAAAAUUCAUAUAUCACUGUGAAGAGUGUGUUUCUGCAAUGAUGUAAUUAAAUGUUUUGUUGUUCCACAUGUUUAUAAA